CCAUGUCAAAGGGUUCAUAUCAGGUCCGCAUCUCUGUUCACUCUUCACCGCCGCUCAUCACCUUAUCCUCUAACUAACCCCACCACCCACAGAACCUCGCUCACCAUGUGCCGCCCCCGCCGCCUCCUACCGGGGCUACGACGGCACAUACGGCAACAGCGGCCGCCAGGCAGACAUCUACGACGACCCUCAGAGCUACGAAAUGCACGACGUGUCCAACAACUACCAGCAGCAGAGCGAUCUCGAGAUGAGCCGCUUCUUCGCCGACGUCGACGAGCUCAAGCAAGGCAUCGUCGUCUUCGAGGCCAACACGGCCAAGGUCGAGGGCAUGCAGCGACAGAUGCUGGACUCCAUAGCAGAUCCGACCGAGAGCACCGCGCUCCAGCGAGAGAUCGACUCGCUCACGGCGCGGUCGGCGUCGAUGGCCAGACAGCUCAAGGAUAAUAUACGGUCGCUGGAAAGCAGAUCGAUGCGGGACUCGACAAAGGCGCUCCAGGUCGGCGCGUUGAAGAAGAUGUUUCUGGACUCGCUGCAAAACUACCACAUGACAGAGUCGUCGUUCCGUCAGCGUCUGCGCGCGAACGUCGAGCGACAACUGCGCAUCAUCGAGCCUGACGCGUCUGAGGCUGAGAUUAGAGAUGCUGUCGACAACGGUGGUGCUACGCAGGUGUUUUCUCAAGCCCUCCUCUCUUCUGACCGCACAGGACAAGCGCGGUCUGCUCUCGAAGAGGCGCGGAAUCGGCACCAGGAGAUCCAGAGGAUCGAGCAGACUAUGAAGGAGGUCGCGUUGCUGAUGGAGCAGUUGAUGGAGCAGGUCGAGGUGCAAGGACAGGAGCUCGAGGAGAUUGACGACAAGCAGUACGAGGUGACGGAGCAGAUCGAGACAGGCAAUGUUCACCUGGGCAAGGCUAAGGACUCUGCGAGGGCUGCGCGCAAGAAGAAGUGGAUCUGUUUGGCGAUUGUUGUGGUGAUUAUAAUCAUCAUUGUAAUUGCACUUCUGGUGAAGUUUGUUGGGAAAAAGAGCAGCAGCAACUGAGCAACAAACAACAGUCUUUGCCACGCGUUCUUCUAUUUUCAUUCCUUCUCUAUUUAUUCAUGAACGCGCGCGGAGAGCCAAGGCAGGCUCGGCACCAAAGCAGCGCGGCACGAGUGCACGACGUCAUAGCGGCGGAGCACUACGUCCACAGGCGGGGUUCUACGAUUGUUUUUGCGGUAUUUCACGGACACAAUAAAUGAAACGGUAUUUCUGCGCAGCGCCAGU